AUGGGUUACAACAACGAGUCUGGCGUCACCCACUUCGUGACAGUUGGGAUCGACCAGGAGAAGGAGUUUGAGGCUGCUGACGUCUUCUUCUUCACCUUCGACGGAGAGGACAUCCCAGUCGGCUCGCUAAGCUCCACUUUAAAUCUCGUGGAAAUGCUUGCAUUUAUGCCUCUCAAAAAAAAGCUCCUGUCGAUCCGGGGCACCGCCGAGUACACGUGGACCUCCCCCGACAGCCGGGCGACCAUCACGCGCGAAGCGCACAAGCGCGCCUUCGCUCACGUGGAGAUUGAGGGCCUCUUUAAGGCCACCUUCUUCCCUCGGAUCGAGAGCCGCAUCCAGUUGGACCCCCUCGGCAAGUACCUCGACAUGGACAUGGACACCCUCGCCAUCUCCCGCCACUCCCACGGCGUCCUGGGCCGAGGCUGCGAUCCAUUUCGUUCGUCCCCCCUUGUGUUGCCGUUCACUGAGAUCCGCCUCGUUCCGGUUCCGCUGCAGGGCCAGAUGUUCCGCCCCGACAUUAUUGAGCGGAAGAACGCCGUCACGACCAACCUGACCGGCCACGAGUUCCUGGUGGAGGGCAAAACCGCCGACUACCGCGUCUCCUCGCUGACGUCAUAUGACAGCACCUUCAACCAGUUCAACCUGGCGGCGGGCGUCACCGUGCGCAACUUCAACGUCAUCGAGGACGGCGCCAAGUUGGCGGCGCGCAAGAUGCUGACGUCAGCGAGCGGCUUGCCCGGCGCGGAUGGCAGCACGAUCGUCAGCGCCCGGUGCAGCCAGGACCGGGGGUCGUUGGUCUGCGCCUGA